AUGUUUGAAGAAAAUAUAAAAAUUUGGGGUCCUUUUGGAGAAUUAGCUUUAACUUGGUGCGAAGCGUUUAUGGAUGAUAAUGAUUAUGUAGUAUUGAUGAUCUACUUAUAAAAAAGAAAAUGGAUAAUGUCAGAUUCUGAUCUUUAAGCUGUGAUUAAAGAAUAUGAUAGAAUGGGAUUAGCUGACAUGCGACAAGCAGCAAUGAAUUUAUAAAAUUUUGGCAUUGUAAGGUUGGAUGAAAGAAAACAGAACAAUUUCUAAAGAGACAAUCAUUUUUAAAAUAUGCAAAUAAACAAUGAAUUUGUAGAUUGUUUGGAAAGAUAAUGUAAAAUUUUGGAAGAGAAGUGUUAAUAAGAAAAGAAGGAAGUUGAAAAAUAAGAAAAAAACUAAACUAGUAAGUAUUGUAGCAUCUGCAAUUAAUAAUAUUCAUUGAAUGAUAUCCAUUUGUUUUAGCUGAAGAGAUGUAAAAAAUAUGGCUGUGAAUAAGGACUUUUAAUAGAUUCAUAAUUGGAUGAAUUGAGAAAAAAACAUGUUUAAAUUUUAGAACAAAUUUUGGAGAGAAUAAAACGAUAAUUAGAGAAUUGCAAAUUAGAGCCAUUCCCAACGGCGAAUGAUAUUGAGCAAUCAAAGUAGAUGGUGAUAGAGGUGUAAUCGAAAUCAUUUCUGGAUCCUGAGGUGGAAAAGAAAUGGAAUGAAAACAAAAAGGAACAGAUACAUUCGAUAUUUAAACUACCGAUAUGUAAAAAGAUUAAUUCAUAUGUUCAACGGAAGAAAUAAUUUUUAUCUAAUAAAAUGAAUAUUGAAUGA